CACCAGCAAGGACGAGGACGAGAGCACCUGUAAGGAGUCGGGAAAUUGUUCACGGAGCCACAGCGAACAGCAAGUGGAAUCUGGGAUUCAACGGAAACCAGCGCGCGGAAGUGCGCAAAAACAGGAAUUCACUGAAAAAUCAUUAAACAAAGGGCACCCAACCACGCCCAAUAACAACGCAGCGCAACACAACAACAACAACCAAAGGGAGGGAACAGGACACAGCACAUCAGCACUUGAAAGACACCAUGAAUUACUACGAUGAGGAGAUCACAAUCAGUGGCCCGGACAGCAAGCAUCUGAGCAGUGUGCAAAUGGACAGGUCAUCGAGGUCUGAUGCGGCAGCCAGAGGCCAGACUGGAGCAACUGCAGCAGCAGCACAAUCUACAGGCGGACAACGGGCGGCCAGGCAACGCAAUUUGCAGCUGCAGGGCAACUCGGCGGAUGACGAUGGCCUCCUUCAGGAUAUUAUUGAUCACGAUGACGAGGCCGAUGACAGCGACGACGAUGACGAUGACAGCGAGCUGCAAAUGGCUGGCAGUGGACUGGGCAUAGCGGCAACUGCACCACGUCCACAGACACGUCCGGGCAGCACACGCAAUGCAAAGCAGCCGCAGAUCGCCGAUGACCAGCUGAGCUUUGGCAGCUCGGACGAGGCAGCUGGCGGAGAGCAUGCGACUGGCAUGAAGUUGGCACAUCAGAAGCUACCGUUACCAGCGCAGCAGCGACGUAGUGCUGGGCAGGCACAGGAGAUGAACACGUUCAAUUUGACGCCCGACAAGUGGGAGCAGCUGCCACUGCAGCCGGAACUCAAAGAGAUCUUUCCCUACAUACUCAAGUAUACGCCACAAACGAUUGAGACGCCCUAUCAUCUGCAGCCCUUCAUCCCGGAGUUUGUGCCCGCCGUGGGCGAUGUGGAUGCCAUGCUGAAGGUACAGGCACCAGCUCUAUUGCAACCGCAACGUCAGCGUGAGCUGGAUGAGCAGUUGCAGCGAUUGGGUCUAAUGCUGCUUGAUGAGCCGUCGGGCACACAAAGCGAGCCCAGUUUGCUCAACAUGAAGUUACGCUCCGUGCUGAGCGGCAGUCGUGGCACAAAGCCGCGUCAUGGUGGCGCGUAUUCGGCAACGAUGGUGCCCACAGCCCGAUCUGCCAAGGAUAUUGAGCGCUGGAUUGGUGAAGUGGAACAGGUGCACAUGACGCAAUCCAUGUACGAUGCACAGCCGCGUAAGGAUAUCGAUGCGUUGCUUGAGCACUGGCCACACUCGUAUGCCGAGCCAGCGACCAAGGAUGCUCUCGACCAGGCGUAUCACUCCUGUCUGCAGCAGCAAAUCUCACUGGGCGAUUAUGUGCGCGUGCUUUGUGAACGCUUUGGCGUCGAGGGGCCGCUGGAGACGCAAUCGGAUUACAUACACAACGUUCAGACGCUGUUUGCCCUCUACCUGGCCGCGAGUCAGGCCUGGGAAUAGACAGAGAGGGGAGAGAGAGAGAGAGUUGGGUGAGGUGACUGCACUAAUAACGCUAAUGGCUUCGAUUAAGUGACAGCCAGACGCCGUUUGUUUGCCUUUGUGUCGGGAUGCCCCUUUGGCUGGCCAUUAAAUCGCUUGCAAAACCGUUAGUCUCCAUAA